UCAAAAAUAGCAAGCUUAGGUUGUCUCGUCGCGAUCGUUGCUAUAGAAACAGAAUAGUCAUAUGUUCUGGACGUCAUUUUACAUCGUGCAUUUGAAGUAAGAAUGACAUAUGUCAUUAGAAUGCACACUCAUCUGUUUCACUUUAUCUACCCUUACGGUUAAAGUGAUCACUUACUUUAUCACUCAUUCAAACCAUUAAAAUGUCAUUUUAACAUAUGUUUUAAUUUUUUUUUUUUUAAAACUCAAUUCUAGGGCCUUCUAGACUUCUUUUUUUCCACUAUGUAUAAUGCUAUCUAAAUACAAAAUAUAAGUAUCUGUAUAUCUAGAUACACUGAAACAAAGGUAUCUAUUAUAGUUACAAUUUUUUAAUCUAUUUAUUUCUAAGUAAAUACUCAAAUAAAAGUAUCUGUAGCAACAAUGUAAUUAUUGCGGCGAUCGGAACACCUUUACAUUCACCACUCACGAGACCCUGGGAUCGUCCCAAAAACUGAAAAUACGCCCCUGCCUACACCCUGUAUAAUUUAAGAAUUUCACCGCCUCCGCCUCUGAAAUGUACGGUUAAGUGACCUAAUUUUUUAAUGCAGUGAUUUAAAAAUAGAAAAUAACAAAAACAAAAUAAUAAUCAAUGCAAUAGAAAUCAAAUAAAUGUACAUUAAAAUGCUGCAGUAAUCAAAAGGUCAGUUCCAACAGGAGACAAUUAGUUCGGAGCUAUUUGGAUUAAUUAAGAAAAAUGGAAUUUAAAAGUUAUUGAAUUGAAAAGAAAAGUGGCUGUUGUUAACAUUAAAUAAUGGCCACAUUUAAUCAGAGUCAUUCUGGAGACAUCCUUCACCUGAACGUUGGAGGCAAAAGGUUCUCCACCUCCAUUCAAACACUCACCUGGAUUCCCGAUACCUUUUUUACCGCAUUACUGAAUGGUAGAAUUCCAACGUUACGUGACGAAAAAGGUGCUGUAUUUAUUGAUCGAGAUCCGAAACUAUUUUCUGUGAUUUUAAAUUAUUUACGCACAAGAGAAAUAGAAUUAAAAGACAUCGAAAUUAAGACUCUAAGACAUGAAGCGGAGUAUUAUGGCAUCGCACCUCUAGUAAAAAGAUUGGUACUAUGUGAGGAAAUGUCAGAAUCUACUUGCGGCGAUGUGUUAUUUUACGGUUAUCUUCCACCACCUUGUAUUCCGUUGCAGGAUUUGGGAACUUCGGGUAGUGGGGUUACCGGUUCUAGUAGUAGUGUCUCCAACGAGGGUCAGUAUCCUCUACUCCAAAGUGCUAGUGGUCAAGUUAUUAAUGGUAACUUUGUGCAGAAUAGAUCUAUAGGUCAUUCCAGAAACUCUUCACUGGAACUGCGCAUGGGAUUAUCAGGAAUAUGUAACCGAAGCACUCAAGAUUUGAGAUGUCUUACUGCCAGAGGCCCACCCGUAUCUGGGCAUUCAAGAACUGCUUCGUUAGAUCGCAGGCAUCCUAGUUUGGCUUAUAUGGAUCCGCUACCCGUGCAAAUCAUUAAAGCUCAUCACAAUUGGAUUGCUGUUGCCUACGCACACUUUGUUGUUUGUUAUAGACUGAAAGAUUCGAGUGGAUGGCAACAAGUUUUUACAAGUCCUUAUAUCGACGACUGUAUUGAACGAAUUGCUAUUAAUGCCAAAAUAGGUUCUACAGGUACAGGCGAGGCAUCUAAGAUGGUUGCUAUAUCGUACGGUACAUUGGUGAGACUGUGGGGAAUCUCAGAAGAGGGAACUAAAACAAAUAUAGGAAUAUUUAAUUUACAUGUAAAGGUGGAGUAUCUGUUCUUCAUCGGAAGUCAGUUAGUGGCUAUAUCACCUUCUGGUAAACUCGGAGUGUGGCACGCAAUGACACAGCAUUGGCAAACGCAAGAUGUUGUACCGAUAAGUUCGUUUGAUACUGCCGGCUCAUUUCUGUUGCUCGGCUGUAAUAAUGGAUGCAUUUGUUACAUAGACAUGCAAAAGUUUCCCCUGCGCAUGAAGGAUAAUGAUUUAUUAGUCACUGAACUAUAUCGAGAUAUCAAUAAUGAAGCAAUAACAGCAAUUUCUGUGUAUUUAACUCCAAAAACAAAUUUAUGCGGUAAUUGGCUGGAAAUUGCUUAUGGAACAAGAUCUGGAUCCGUUCACGUAAUUGUACAACACCCUGAAACUGUAGGCCACGGUCCACAAUUGCUUCAAACGUUCAAUGUACAUCAAAGUCCAGUCACAAAAGUAACACUAUCUGAAAAGUAUCUGGUCUCAGUUUGUUGUGAUUACAAUCACGUGCGUAGUUGGCGAGUAACUCGUUUUCGUGGUAUGAUCUCGACGCAGCCCGGAUCUACACCGGAAGCAUCGUUUAAGAUAAUUGCAUUGGAAGCUGUAGAACCUCGAAUAAGUCACGCGGCUGCUAAUGUGUGUGGACCGUUCGGUGAACAAAAUGACGAGCAGGUUUUCAUACAGAAAGUUGUUCCCGAGACUGAUCAGUUAUAUGUAAGGCUUGCGAGUAACGGAAAGAGGGUCUGUAUUAUAAAAUCAGUUGACAGUACGACAGUAAGCGCUUUUUGUGUACACGAAUGUGAAGGCUCCAAUCGAAUGGGCUCGAGACCACGUCGAUUCAUAUUUACUGGACAUUCGUAUGGCGCUAUACAGAUGUGGGAUCUUACCACAGCUCUUGAUCUCAUUAAUAAGACUGAUACAGUUGACAAAGAGAAUGGCGGUCCGUCUCCAGAAGAGUUGCUUCAUUUGUUAGAUCAAUGCGAUUUAAGCAAUAGUCUAUGUUCAACGCCUUGUAUGUCUCCAUCGCCGUCACUUGCAGCAGCUGUCAGAUUGAAAUCUAGCAAUUUGGCAUUUUUAAAUCAAUGGCAAGAUUCGGCAGAUCAUUCUUCCAAUACAAAUUAGUAUUCAUUUUAUAUAACUGAUUUUAGAUUGUACGGCUUACUACAAGGUUUAUUUUGUUAUUUAUUGUUGUAAUAAAAAGUAUUUCCUCUAA